GCUGGAGAGCUACGCAGCCGCGUUCGAUUUCGGGACGUUAGUCCCGGAGAAAGUUCUGAUGAAAGCGAUUCGGCCCGGAAACCCCACUCCCGUCGACGCUCGACUCGGGAAAGCUCCGAGCAGAAGAUGAUCCGCUCACUUCAACGUCAAUUGGAUCAGCUCAAACUUGGUAA